AUGAGCUACCGAACUGCUCUACUAAUCAACAGUAGCAGAAGAGUGCUGGCAUGCGCCGAAUCGCGCAGCAUCCACUCGACAAUUCCGCAAAAAAACAUCAUCAAAGCUGCAACGAAGAUAGCUUCGUCUGUGGCCAAUGCAGCGGUCGAGACCCUAAGUGUAGCUGGCAAAGGCGUACAGAAGACGAUGAAUACCGGCUUCGAACAGACACUAGAAGUGGCAAAAGCAGCUUCAGAAGCUCUUAGGGAGACCACAAGCAGCAAUAGCAACGAUCAAGGAUCCAAAGAUUAUGACAAUUAUACCGGUCCGGAUGGUAAGAUGAGUGAAGAAGAAGCUAACAAAGAAGAUGCCAAAGUUCAAGAUGCUAAGAUAAUAGCUAAAAAUGCAAUGGAAGCUGCAAAAAGAUCGAAUCCAACCACUAACGUAGUCGAACCGCAAAGCGAAGUCCGUGAGGAUGCAAUCCGUGAAGAAGCCAUUAACGAAGUGAAAAAUACUGAUAAUUUAACUCAAGAACAGAAGAGGGAGGCCGCUAGGAUUCAUUCAGAGAAGCUGAAGGAUGCUGCUCAAGCCGCAAGAGUUGUUAAGUAA